UUCUCGUAAUAAUCUUUUGGUCUUCUCGGGCAACGUUCAAUGAUCCCCUAGGUCAAGCCUUUGUGAAGGGAAGAGGCCGACUUCAUCCCGAUUUUUCGAGAAGGUAUUGCAAUGAGUUCUUCGUUCGUGUUCGGCAGAUCAGUUCCAGCUUUGUUCUUGAGGAAAGAAGACGGUGGACUAGAAAGGAUCAACCUCAACAUUCUAACUAUGGAGACCCUGUGCAAAAUGCUCCAUCAAGUUCUGGGAGGGGAACAAAUAGAAACCAUGGGGUCAAAGAUGCACUCUAUCGAUUCUUCAAAUCUAGAAAAAGUCUCAAAGAUCAAAUAAGUGAUGCAUCUGAACAAGCUGAAGUUAGUCAGGAAGGACAACUCCGGAUCUUUAGGUUCAACAAAUUGAGGGCGGCCACAAAUCGCUUUGCAGAAGAGAACAUUAUUGGCAGAGGAGAAUUCACCAUUGUGUACAGAGGCAUAGUGGAUAAUAUUCCUGUCGCUGUUAAGAAAUGGGAAUCCUAUGCAGACGGUUUACAGGAGUGGGAGAAUGAGAUGAAUGUUCUAUGCAAUAUGAGACAUCCUAAUCUUAUCGAGCUCUUGGGGUUCUGUAAUGAAGACGAUGAGAUUAUGCUUGUCUAUGAGUUGAUGAAUAAUGGAGACUUGGAACAAUCCCUCAAUAAACGUGAUAAGCCACUCUCGUGGGAGCAAAGGAUUAAAAUAGCAACGGGUGCUGCUAGAGCACUUGCAUUUCUGCAUACACCAGAGAACAACAUCAUUCAUCGCGUCAUCAAACCAUCUGUCAUCCUUCUUGACCGGGAGUUCAAUGUAAAGCUUUCUGGCUUGGGGUGUUCGAGAGAAGGCCCAACCGAUGGAGCAACUAGAGUGUCAACUCAACUCAUGGGCACGGCUGGAUAUGUAGAUCCCCAGUAUGCUAUGACUGGUCAUCUGGAUGCAAAAUCUGAUGUGUAUGCAUUUGGGAUCAUAAUGCUUCAACUGCUUUCUGGUCGGAAGGUGUUUGAUCGUAACCGACCACGUAAUGAACAAUCCUUGCUCUCGUACGCUCAUCGCUACUUAACUGCUGAGAGAAAGUUGCGUGCAUUCAUGGAUCCAAAACUUGGCAAUCGAUAUCAAUUGAACCAUGCUUUUAAAUUAGCGAAACUAUGUGAAUUGUGUGUUGACUUUGAAGGCUCUAAUCGACCUCACAUGCAAACUAUAUUGGUGGACCUUGAGAGCAUUGCACCAGUACAAGUUGAAGCAUGCCCUGUAUCUUCGCCUUCUGAGUGAUCAGAUGAUCUUUUAGUUGUCAUCCAUUUAAAUGCAUUUCAUCUGCGCUUCGUAAAUGUAGAUUUAAGCUCAAGGAUUCAUUAACAACUUGUAAUUUCUGAUUUAAGCUUAUGCUGUUUAGGAUUGGUGUGCAAAAUUCCUAGACGUUCGGAGUUAAUGAUCACUUUGAUAAGUAACUUAUCAGGAUUCUAAUAUUUGUAGUGAUGUAUGUUCUAUAUAGGAUGGAUCCAAGAAAAGUAACAGUCUUAAGUGUUU